AUGCAUGAUGAGUACACCCAACUCAAAAAGGAUCUGGACGACGUCAAAGAGACGUUUUCUGUCACUCACAAGGAGCUAGUAGACCUAGAGAAAUGGGAAGCAAGCGGCGGGACUACUUGGGAGAGCACAAGACAAAAGGCGCAGCUCCUCAAAUCUUUGGAUGCCACUCGAGAAGAGAACAAGAUGCUCGAGGACAAGAAGCUGGUGAUGCAACUGGAUGUCAGUCGGGCCUACGAUUCGUGGUGGAAGACGUAUCUGGAUGAACAAGAGGAAAAUAGACGAUUACAGUUAGCAGCUCUGGAAAAACCCAAAAAGCCAGAGAGACAGGGCCCGCGAACUCUUCUUCCAAAGCCGACUGAAGAGAGCGACGCUCCAUCACAGCAAGAAUCGCCGGCAUAA